CGCUCUGCACUCUGUUUCGUGUCUGUAUCGACAGUGUGGCCUGACGCGGCAGGGACAACGUGAAGCAGAAGAAAUGGAGAAAACAGUCGGAGCAUUGCAAGAACACGCUUUGAAGAGAAAGGAAAGAUUGAAGGCGUUGAGAGACAGACAGCUUCAAGGGAGAGUUCCAGAAGAUGGAGAGCCAGAGAGUAAAAGAGCACUGGAGGAGACAGAGUCAGAGAUGAAGCACAGGGAGCUGAAGCUGAGGAACUACACCCCCGAGGAUGAGGAGCUGAAGGAGAGACAGGUGCCGAAGGCCAAGCCUGCGUCAGUGGAGGAGAAGGUAAAAGACCAGCUGGAAGCUGCCAACCCAGAGCCUAUCAUUGAGGAAGUGGAUCUGGCUAACCUUGCACCCAGGAAGCCUGACUGGGACCUGAAGAGAGAUGUGGCUAAGAAGCUGGAGAAGCUGGAGAAGAGAACUCAAAGGGCGAUAGCUGAACUCAUCCGGGAGCGUCUGAAGGGCAGCGAGGAGGAGCUGGCGGGGGCGGUGGGAGCCGUGAACGUGGAGGAGGGAGACUCUGACUGAGACCAGAUGGGACCGCAGCAGCGCGCGCACGGACUGGAACUCGCAACCCCCCCCCCCCCCCGCUGAGAAACCAGCAAAUCUCCCCCACAGCUGCUCACCUGUGGCUGCCUGGAUUCGCUUAAUGUAGAGAGACUGUGUGCUGGAGAGCCAGCUGAGACCACUGGCUGCCAAAUGUAAUUCAGUGAGAGGCUAUUUGGCGAUGCUAAUUCGCUGGUUUUUGUUGCCGUAUAAUCCUCUGUUUAAGUGCGCGGUUGUGCCUGCAUGCCAGAAGAGGCCAUUUCAGAGCAGCUGCGUGGCCACCUGUCCCUCAGCAGUGCACAGUCGAUCCGAAGAUCUGAAGCAGUCAAGCAGUCCAGUGUUGUUUGUGUACGCCUUUUAUUUUUACAUCCACUUUUGUAAAUAUAUUUUUCCAGUAAAAUAGUAGAUUUUUU